AUGUCCAAAAAGUACGAUGUGGUCGUAUUCGGCGCCACGGGCUUUACGGGCCAGCUCGUGUGCAAGUACCUCCUCUCGCAUCCGGAGCAGCGCCCCUGGGCCGUGGCUGGUCGCUCCGCCUCGCGCCUUGCGUCGCUGAAAAAGUCGCUCAACCUGCCCGACACGGUGGGCGUGAUCGAGGCCGAGACGGCCAAGUACGACACGCUUACUGCCAUGACCUCGCAGGCGCGCGUGCUUAUCAACAUCGUCGGUCCUUACCGCCCCUUCAACGCGGUGGCCGUCGUGCGCGCAUGCCUCGAGUCCUCGACGCACUACGUCGACCUCUCCGGCGAGACGGGCUUCAACUCGGACUGCAUCAGUCAGUUCCACGCGGACGCCCAGGCCAAAGGCGUCGUCAUCGCCAACAGCGUCGGCUUCGACUCGCUCCCCUUUGACCUCUCCACCUUCCUCGCCGCCCAGAAGGCCAGGCAGCUCAGCGGCAAGGACGUUGCGCUGGCCGAGUGCGCCUACGAGCUGCCCAAGGACCUUUCGGCAGGCACGCUCGCCAGCGCGGUUUCCAUGGCAUCCGAAAAGCAGCAGAUGUUUGCCGUGCGCGGCGACUGGCUCUCGCCCAUCUCCAAGCCGCACAGUCUCGAUUUCGCCAGCCCCGUGCGCUGGUUCGAGCAGCGCCGCAAGUGGGGUGCGCAAAACACCUUUUCCAUCCACAACACGCGCACCGUCACGCGCACCUGGGGCCUCCUCCAACACCACUCCUCCCCCUCGGCCUACGGCUCCACCUUUGCCUACAAGGAAGGCACGCUGCUGCCCAACCGCAUCGUCGCCUACAUCGUCGCCUACGUCGGCGUGGUCUCGAUCUGGGUGCUCAUGAACAUCGCGCCCAUCCGCGAACUCAUCGCCCGCUCCAUGAAACCCAACUCCGGCCCCUCGGAACACUCGCUCGUCAACUCGAGGCUGCGCGUCGACACGCUCGCCACCGCCACCGACGGCACCAAGGCCAUCUGCAAGAUGUCCGCCAAGGGCCAUCCCGGCUACCUCCUCACCGCGCGCAUGAUCACCGAGGCCGCCCUCACCAUCCUUGCCACCAGCGACCGCGCCCUCCCCGGCGUCAAGGGCGGCGUGCUCACCCCCGCCCUCCUCGGUGCCGACACGCUCGCCGACCGCCUCUCCCAGUUCGCCCACUUCGACAUCCGAACCGAAGCAUACGAAGACGCAAAGAAGCGCUGA